CCUUCUUGAGGGCGGUAUUCCACCAAGGAAGGUGAGCCCGUAUAACCUAGAAUUUGGCGAAAAUUUCCUUAUAAAAACAGUCAAUUUGUGCCAUAAAAUUAAUUGACUGAUGUGUUUUGGAACAGUUUUUGAAGGGUGAUAUUGUUUGAAUUAGCAUAGUUGUAAUAUUUAUAAAACAAACGAAACAAAAUGAGCAGCUCGGAAGAGGUGUCCUGGAUCUCAUGGUUCUGUGGGCUGAGAGGAAAUGAAUUUUUUUGUGAAGUUGAUGAAGACUACAUACAAGAUAAAUUUAAUCUCACUGGUCUCAAUGAACAAGUUCCACAUUACAGACAAGCAUUAGAUAUGAUAUUGGACCUAGAGCCAGAUGAUGAACUUGAAGAGAACCCAAAUCAGAGUGACUUGAUAGAACAGGCAGCAGAGAUGUUAUAUGGACUCAUACACUCUAGAUUCAUUAUGACAAAUAGGGGUAUUGCAUUAAUGCUUGAAAAGUAUCAACAAGGUGAUUUCGGUCAUUGUCCAAGAGUAUAUUGUGAAAAUCCACCUGUAUUACCAAUAGGCUUAUCAGAUGUUCCAGGAGAAGCUAUGGUUAAACUUUACUGCCCAAAAUGUCAAGAUGUCUACACUCCAAAAUCUUCUCGUCACCACCACACAGAUGGCGCCUACUUUGGCACAGGCUUCCCUCACAUGCUGUUUAUGGUCCACCCCGAAUAUCGUCCUAAAAGGCCAGCUAACCAGUUUGUUCCAAGGCUAUAUGGUUUUAAAAUUCACCCACUUGCGUACGAGUACCAGUACCAAGCAGCAUCACGUAACCGCUACACUUUCCCACGUACAUCUGGAGGCCACAAAAAAUGAACAAGAUAACUUCUUCAACAAAACCGACAGUCAAAAAAGAAAAAAAAAAACAAUGUGCAGUUUGUUUUGGCUCUACCUGGCUCAAACCAUGCAUUCCUUGACUGUAAAUCACUAGCUUAUUUCACAAUGUUUUUUAUUCACUCUCGAUAUCCACUAUUAAUCUACAUUGAUUUACCCACAAGAAAGAAACGAAAGCCGCAUUUGAGUUGUACAAAUGUAUGUACAGUACAUCAAAGUUUGUAGUCCACCAUGUGUUAGAUUACUGAGAUCUUUUCUGUUUGCAUAUAUUUAGAGAGAAAAGCUCUUUAGUAAUAUUUUAGAAUUUGAUAAGAUAAAUAUAAUUUUUUUUUUCAAAGAAAAACAUUAAAUUUGAAACUCAAAUCCCUUUUUGAGUGUAGUAUGAAUUAUUUUAUUAUAGUGCUAAUAUUAAUAUGUAAUUACUGAUAUAUAAUUAGUAGUUAUUUGUUAGCAUAAUCUCCAAUAGUCCUCGACAUGACAUAUAAUAAUUAGUUAACACAAAUACAAACUAAAUUCAGGUAGAAAUAGAGGAGUUACUAGUUACAUAUUAUUAGUGAAUUAACUGAACAGUUGAAUUGUUUUGAGAAUCAGCAUCUAAUAGCAAUAGGUACUGAGGCAGUUUUAAUACCAUGUUUAGUAUUAUAUCUAAAGGCUUUGUUUAUGAAAGGAAUAAAGCAGAAGCAUUAAAGAUGGUAAAGAUUGAAGAGGUCAAUGGAGAUAUUUUGUUCUUCAUAAUCAAAACAAUGAGCUGUUUUUAUGGGGUUUUUUUGUAUCCAGUUGGUAUGUAAUGACUGAAAAUCCUGGUUUUUGCUAGGUUAUGUGGUUAUACUGUUUUGUAGGCAAAAAUUCAUUGUGGUGUUUUGUAAAGAACAUUUUUAGGUUAUUAUUAUGUUAAAAAGUGAUCUGGUUAGUUAAAAGUAGCAUUGAAUUUAUAGACAGUGCAGUGCUAAUUAAUAAGAAUGUGCUCAGUGUAUGUGGAGUAGCGGUUAAUGAAGCGGUUGAGAUUUCAGGCUAUCAACCUUGAUCUCGGGGGUUCAAGUCUUGCCUGUGGAUUUCACUUGUCUUUGGGUGAGGCAUGUGAACUAUCGUUGCCUCACCCAGGUUUAUAAUUGCGUGGUUGGUAAGUUCAAACAUGGAGGAACUAAAUUAAUUCCUCCAUAGUUCAAACACCAAUGCGAUGAUUCUGCCGCAAUAUUUUUAGCAUGUUACAUGGGCAUUUCACCCGGGGUAAUAUUGAGAUAAGAAGUCAUGAUAAUAUACGCAUUAUAAAUCUACCACUUAUUAUUGUGACAUCACUUAGUUCCAUAUCAUGUUAGCAAAAAAUUUAUUUCAUUAGCUUGCCAUUCCUUUAUUGUAAUUUUAGCAUUAGUAAUUUUGUAUUUUAUUUUGAAUUUUUUUUUUUUUAUAUUGAAUGAUAAUUAUUGGAAACUAGAAAACAGAACAUAUGCCAAUACUAUACUCAAUAUUAGUAUGAUGCUUUAUUAAGAAGUUAAAACCAAUUAUUUAAGAAAUAUGUGCUUCUGAACUUCCAGUGGAUGCUGGCUGAGCUGUUUACAAAAUGUUAAAGGGUUCAUUAUUAUUUCAAUGAUGAAAAAAGAGCAGGUAAAAAUUAAUUAAUGACAUGCAUUUUUGUUUUUUUAGCAAUGUUGAAACUAGCCAGUUAACUGCCAGUAUUUAUUUGUUGUUUUAUAAGUAAUUUGUUUUUUAUUUAUUAUAUUGUUAUUAUGAUGGGAAUUAUUAUUUUAUCUCGUCAUUUCAGUUAUUUCUAAUGUAAUGUUUUAAGAAGUCGUUUAAAAUGUUAUUUUAAUUUUAAGGACUUCUGUACCUGGAAAACAUGCAGUUUCCUACAAUGUUUAUUAUAUAAUAAUUAUGAACAAUAUAUAAUAAUGCAUUAUUAGCACUUCUGUUUUACAACAAUUGGCAUAACAUUUUUUUAAAAUUAGUUUGAACAGUAGAAAAGCAGCAGUGCUAAUGACUUUUCCAUAUGCUGUACAUUCAAAUUUUUCAUAGAAGCAGUAAAAUACAAAAGCCUGCUGCAACAAAAGUUUAUUAUUAAUAAAGGGGGAUUUUGUGAUUUUUAUAGGUAAAAGUACCAGUAACAUUGUGGACCUAUUUGAGGUUCUACCCCAUUUUUAAAAUAUCCUGAUAAUCACUUGUGUAGGAGUAAAACAUGUUUAUCCAGGGCCCCCUUAGGUCUAUGAUGUAGCAGUGGUGGCGCCAGAGGUCCCCGACGGAGGGUCCACACCAACCUCAGCCACAACAUGGCUGUAGCUAAUUUUAUGAAUGCCUGAAAUGGCACACUAUAUUAAACAUGAUUUUUCAAAGCAGUGUUCCCUGAAGAAUGUUCAUGGUUGCUCGACAGGGUUUCCCAAUGGUGUCCUGUUCCACCUGUUUCUCCACUGGCGCCGCCAUUGUGAUGUAGUUCUGUUGUAAUACAUGUAAAUACAUUCUAUUUAUAAUAUGAUGGUCUAGAGAGUGUGUACAGUAUUGUCAUUUGUUUUGUAUGUUCUCCAGACUGGUAGGAGAGUGCCAAGGUUGUAGGGUGAAUGAUGUUAAGUAUUCAUUACAAUAAUAAUGAAUGAGUCAAAUUGUCCAUAGCACCUGUCAGUCAGUUGUACAAAAAUGGUUGUCAUGUGACCAUAUGCUUUUCAGUCAUUUAUAUAACCUUGCAAUAAAGUAUCUUGAAAGGAUUUAA